AUGAACGUCACUAUUCCGGACAUCGCCUGUUAUUCGCCCGGGCGAGACGUGGUGGUGCCGCCGCUGCUGACUCAGACCCACGUCAUCCCCCCGAAGCGCGCGCACACUGCGGCUUCUGAGGGUUCUCCCCCCACCUCACCUCCUCUCUACGGCGGCCGUACGAUCCGUGUGCUGAUGGUGACGUCAGCGAGCAGCAUUGCUGACGCGAGCAGCGACAGCAUCAAGGUUGAACGCAUGCACCAUAACUUCGCUGUGGAGAAGUGGUUGAUCGAGCUGUACACGUCCAAUGCAGCAGCCAUCUACGGGUGGAAGGUGGUGUUCCGAGGCGACAGCGAGCAGGCUGGGGGGGUCCGAGGGGAUGCCUCUGAAAUUACUACUGCCGCUGGUGCUGCUGCUGGCGCUGCUGUUGGCGAUAGUGCUGCUGCUGGCGCUGCUGUUGGCGAUAGUGCUGGUGCUGCUGCUGGUGCUGCUGAUGCUGAUGGUGGUGCAGCGGGUGACAACAGCGAGUGGGGAGAGAGUGUGUUCUGCCUGGUGCCUCCCGGUCGGGCUCAGUGGACCGUCCAGCUCGCCAAGGCAAUCCUCUCAGGCUGCAUCCCAGUGACAUUCCUCCGUGCCAACGACAACCCAUGGUCCGCAUCUCUCCACCGCCACAAAGCACCAGCAGCAGCGUCCGCCUCUGCCACGCCCGCUGCCACCGCCUCUGCCACGCCCUCGGUGCCCUCGGCCCUCAACUACCCGGUGUUCUCACUCAACAUCGACCCGAUGGAUCUCGACUCGCUGCCCCGCCGCCUGCAGGACGCGUUUGAUCGCCCGGGGCUCGUGGAGCGGCUGCAGCACAACCUGGGGCUCGUGCAGGAAAUGUUCAAGUGGCAUGACUCCCUGGACCGGGGAGCAGGGGAGGUGCUCAUGAGCAGGCUGAGGAGGAUCGGAGCAGCGGUGGCACAAUCGCAGUUGCUUUAA